AUGCGUGCUCUGUGUUCGGUUCGCGGGCCGUUGGGCGGCGACACGCGCGCUCUCGGCGCGGGCGCGCGGUUCCUCUCCCUGCGCAUGCCCGGCCAGCCCCAACCACUCCACUUCGUCGUAGAAGCCAAAGCAAGGGUCAAAGAAUUGAAAUCUUUGGCCAAUGCUCACGCACAACUACAAGGCAUGACCGACACAGAACUCUUUGGAUUAGCAAUACUGCAAAAUGGAGAAUACUUAUUUGUUGACUUAGACAGUAAAUUAUCAAAAUAUGCGCCAAAAAGCUGGAGGUCAUCUCACACCCAUGGUUUGGACGCAAAUGGAAAGCCGCUCCUCGAAUUGCACCUUGUCGUGCAGUUCCACGUGGAGAGUCCUCUGCUCCUGCAUGAUGAAGUCGGACGUCACUUGUACUUCCUCCAGCUGCGGCAAAAUGUGCGCACGCGAGACGCCUUGCCUGCUGAGGUGAUACUACUGCUUACUGGAUUAGCAUUACAAGCUGAAUACGGUGAUGCAGACUCUUACGAGGACCGGGACUACUUCAAAGUGGAUGAAUAUGCACCUUCAUCUCUCACCGGUGACUGGGUGGCGGCAGCUAUGCGCGCUUGCCAUCGCGAGCAUCGCGGCCUUCCAAAGUCUGACGCAGAAUCCAGAUUUAUUAGAGAAGUUUGUCUUCUUCCAGACACAAUAAAUUCACAUAGAUACCGAUUAAAACAAUCUAAAUCAGAACCGGAACCUGGCACCGUGUGGCUGCUUGUAACAGCUAAAGGAAUAAAGAUCUUACCUGACAACGGACCACUCUCAAAUUUCAUAUGGAGCGCCAUUGGAAAACUAAGUUUUGAUAGAAAGAAAUUUGAAAUCAGGACUGAGGAAGGCAAAAUAACACUAUUUUCGACAAGUGAAGAAAAAUGUAAAUAUCUCUUCGCACUGUGCAGAGAAACACAUCAGUUCUCAAUGAAAAUUGCACCGAAAUUCAAUGAAAUCCUGAGAAAAGAAGAAGAGGAACGGAAAAUUUGUUUUGGGUACUCGAAAUCACUAAAUAUACAAUACAAUCAAAACAAAAGUGAACAAAGAAUAUCAGUAAUCUCUUCAACCAGUUCUAACACAACAUCUGGCAUAGUGAGUGACAGGGUUCAAUCUGAAGAUGAAUUAGAAAUCAUGAUAGAUUCUCCUCCAGCCCCAUCCACGGAAAGUUUGGCUUUUGCACACUUGCUAGACAGUACGAAUUCUUAUUUUAUACGUCACAUGCCACAGGAUAAUCAGCCACUGACUAAAACCUCAUCAUUACAACUCCAAAAAUCAAAAGUCCGCGUAAAGAAGACCAAGGAAGACUGCGAGAAUGUGAAUAGGAGUGAAAUUGCAUUACCAGACCAACAUUCAAUGACUCAGUUAGAAGAUACGACAUCUUUGCCUGAUCAAAGUGUUAGUGAAACUUUGACAGACAGUCCAAGAUCUAACAAAUUAAAAUGUACCGGAUCACAAUGUUCCUCUUCUUGCAGUACAGUAAUAAUGGCACGCGCGGGCCUCAGUACCCUGAGUAGAGCAUCUAAUGCUAGUAGUCUAGAAUUAGGAUAUAGUCAUACGCUCAAAAUUCAAUGAUCAGUGACAAUAGUACAGUUGGCAUUGAUGUAGAAUACUCCCAAGAUGCAGCAUCUGCUUUGUAUGAUGGUUUGGGUCAACCAGUCACAGUAGCGGCGUCGAGUGAAACAAGUGGCGUCUACACGAUGAGCAGUUCCGAACUCACUGCUCGAUCAAAAAUGGAUACUUUAUCUGAAGCUAGCAGAACGGAUUACGAUGGUUCACAUUACGAUAGCUAUAAGCCAGCGAAAGAAAAUGAUCUUGCGGACUUCGACAGCGUAUCAUCGAUACUGAAAAACAAGUCAGAAAGAACUAGUCAUGCCACAGGUACAUUAAGAUUACAAUCAUCUCAACCUAGCUCAGACUGUGUCGAUGGAGCUGCGAAGUUUCAGAAUCAAGAACAACAUAAUAAAGAAAAUUUAUUCAGAGAACGAACAAAUUCCAACGUGAGUGCAAUCUCGUUCCAUGGCGACGGGAGUGAUCCGACAGACAAUAAACAUAACUUACUUACCGCGAGUGAAUUAAGCGACCUCAUUGUAGGAAGAGGCGUAUACCCCAAGAGCCAGUCUGUAAGUGAUACUCUAGACUCAGUGUCGGACUACGUAAGGUUACCUAUUCCGUUUUCUGGAGACAGUUACAUUCAAGGUCACGAAGAUACAGCACCUUCUGAUGACCACUAUCCAAAUAACUCUUUCUUUGACCGACCACCAACACCUCCAACUAGAAUUGAUAGCCGUAAACUGCUGAACUUGUCGCUACCAAAUAUAUUUGACAUAAAUGGCGACACACCAAUUAGACCCUCAUUUCCUGACAAGCCACCUCCGCCAUAUGAAUAUAAUCAUCAAACUGUCACCUCUUACGCUGCACCCCCUAUCAAGGCGCCUCCAGCAUAUCCUGGUACAACGGCGACAGCCAGAUCGUUGAAACAGUUGAACGAGAACAAGGAAGAAGUGGCUGCCAGAGUAGUAACAUCAAAACCCAUGAUAACAAUACUGAAAGCUGAAGCCGGAGAAGUGAAUGCGUCUAGUGAAAGAACGUUUGCUAGCCCCAUGGUCUUAGAGCACAAAUUCCAAAAGUUUAAGCGACAACAAGCAUCGAGUCGCAGAGCUGAAAGAUCUAAGUUAGCUCAAGGGAUAAACAACAGCUUGUCACCAUCACGAGAGAUGCCGCACAGUGUGGACUCUAAUGUACUAGUGGCCAUGAUGAAACUGGCUCCGGGACCUCCUCCAGCUCCGCCUGCACCCCGUCGCCCUCGCCAGCCACCGCCACCACCAACCACACGGCUGCCACCACCUCCACCACCGCACAAUCCAAUGUUUCAUCAGCAGCUGUAUAGUGACGUUGACUAUGUCUAUUAUCCUUUACAAGACCCGGCCUUAUCGCAGCAAAAUUAUCUCGACCAUAAACUGACGAGUCUCGCGUGUCGAACAUGCACAAAAAUGGCUUGCAGUACAGAAGCACGCCAUACCUAUCCACUUCCAUGUCUGCGUCGUCCAUGUAUGGUUCGAUCCAAAAUCUGUCGGAUUCUUACGUGCAGUUACCCGGCACGCGGACGAGCUGGUACUCACUAACGAGCAGGACAUCGCUCAGCAACCAUUCCAUAAAUCUUGAGCGGCCGCAAGUGCCCGCCCGAGUGCCAGACGUUUCACAUUUUAUGCGGACGAAAUCGGAUGAGAAUGUGUUGAAUGCAAAAGAUCCACCGCCAGUGAAAAUGAGAAGAAUGCCUCCGCCGCCCCCGCCUCCAUAUGAAUACAAAAAGAAACUCCUCAAUUACUCGCGAGACGUCAAAAUUCCUCAAACCUCAACAAAUGUGAAUAGUGAAACAAGUGCGAACAAAGUGAAAGACUCCAAUUGUGAUUUAGACAUAAAAACUCUUCGAGAGAAAAGUAAAAACCUUGAUUUGCCUCUUAUCGCGGCAUUAUGUAACGACCGUUCGUUAUUGAAACAAACUAAAGCUUUUGGUGCUCCAAAGUUAAAUAAACCAACAGGUAGUGACUGUGAAAGUGAACGGAAGUGCGUUAAAUCAGUUCCAAACACCACCGAUAACAUAGAUCUUAAGAGUAAACAAGAAUGUAAUGCUAAGAGGGUAAUGACAGGGUCUCAGAAAAAAAUAUUAUUACGAAAUCCUACAGAUAAACUUCCAGCAUUGCCAGUUACUCAGAGUCAUCCAAGAGCAAUGUCCAAUACUUAUGUAAUGCAUCCAACAGUAGCUAAAACAAAGAAGUCUCAUCCCAGCUCAUGA